UACCUAUAGACUACUGCCUUCAACCAUUAAACAAAAGUAACUGCAACAUGACUCCGACUCCGGUCUUCUCUUACUACAAACCAGGGUCUAGAUGUGAGAUAGAGUUUUGGAGGGGCUGCCCGACCCUUAACAAGUUUCCAGACGAAGCACUAUGCUCUCAUUACUGUAUCGGGAAGUUAUUUAGAUAUCAUGAAGAGGAGAAUACAAUAAUUCCAGAUAAAAUACGUAACUAUACGUAUCAUAUUCCAAAAGAUCCAUGUGAAGGCGAACUCAACACAACUCAUUGCAGUGAACAAUCAACGACAGUCUAUACAUUUCAUGAUGAUUAUUGUGAGGAAGCAACUUGGUGGGGAUGUGAGACGGAAAACAAAUUCGACGAUGACAAAACAUGCGAAGAAACUUGCUUUAAAGAAACAUCUUUAAACAAAAAUGUACAAAACUGGAAACAACAACUUCAUUUAUUCCAUCCUGAAGAAGUUAAAGAAAUAGACCAAAUUAUAGAUAAUGUUAUAGAAUCUGAUGUAACUACAGACAUUACAAGUACACAGGAGGUGACUACUGAAUCGACUACAGAGAUUGUAACUAGUGAAACAACGUCUACAGAACCUGUUCAAACUACUGAACCAACAACUAGUGAAGUACCGACAACAACAACAAUAACAACGACCGUAGAAACAACCACAACUGUCACAACGACUGAAGCACCAGCUGGAGAUGCUGACGAAGUUAUUACGACAUAAUAUAAUUUUGAGAUACUGUCAUUAAUCCAAAUUAUAAAGUCCUAAAAUCUUUUAAAAGAGUUUCACUCCCCUUCUUUAAAAUGUACGGUAUUCUAC